AUGAACAACGGAAAUGGCACCACAGUAACUGAAUUUAUUCUUGAGGGACUUUCGGAGAUCCCAGAGCUUCAGUUUUUUCUGUUUUGUAUUUUUCUUUGCAUUUAUAUAAUCACUGUACUUGGAAAUGCAUCAAUUAUUCUUAUAUAUAAAUUCAGUCCAAACUUGCGCACCCCUAUGUAUUUUUAUCUCAGCAACUUUUCCCUAUUGGAAAUAUGUUACGUCUCAGCAACUGCUCCUAAAAUGUUGCAAAACAUGGUAACGGGGAGAAAAACAAUACCGUUGCAUGGCUGCUUUGUUCAAAUGUACAGCGUAUUGUUUUUGGCUGGCACAGAGUUCUUUGUGCUUGCAGCCAUGGCUUAUGAUCGAUAUAAUGCAAUAUGCCACCCGCUCUUGUACAGCAUCAUUAUGAAUAAAGCACUUUGUAUUCAGCUUCUCUGUGGCUCAUGGGUUAUUGGUGCUGCAAAUGCUCUAGUGCAUACUCUCCUUGCAUACAUGCUGCCUUUCUGUUCUAAUAAGAUUCAACAUUUCUUUUGUGAUGUCCCACCUUUACUGAAGCUCUCGUGUAUAAACACCUGGAUCAAUGAACUCGGCAUGUUUGUCGUUGGUGGUUCUGUUACCGGUGGUUCAUUUAUAUUGACAUUAAUCUCUUACAUAAAGAUAAUCUUAACUAUUCUAAAUAUCCAAUCAUCUUCAGGAAGGAAAAAAGCCUUUUCCACUUGCACUUCUCACCUGACGGUAGUGGCUAUAUUUUACGGCUCAAUCUUUUUUAUGUAUCUAAGACCCAAAUCAAGUUAUGCUAUGCACCAUGACAGGCUGGUUGCUGUUAUGUAUACAAUUAUUGCCCCUCUGUUAAACCCUUUCAUUUAUAGUCUCAGAAAUAAGGAUGUCAAAGUAGCUGUGACAAAAAUACUGCAAAGAAUGGCAGCUUGGAAAUAUUAA